AUGGGGAGGGGAAGCGCACACACGAGCACCCACCCUGGCACGGAGAUCAGGCACAGCGGAAUGGAUCCCCACGCGCGCACACUGCCGGGAUUAAGACCGAUCACAUGGGGAGGGCCGGGGGCGAGAGAGAGAGGCAGGGCCGCCGAUGUCAAUGCCACCAGCCGCGCCUCAGCGUCCCCGGCGGCUGAGAGGCGGACGCCGCUGCUGCUGCUGCCGCUAGACGUCCCGCCGCCGUGCUCGCCCGUGCCCGCCUCUGCCUCCCAGCGCCGCUCCUCCACUCACACAGGCACAGCCGUGGAGCUCGGCAGACACAGUCCGGGGCGCAACCUACCCUCCACCGCUGCCGCCUCCUCCGCCGCCGCCGCCACCGCUCCCGCCUCCUCCCCUUCCUCCUCCCGGCCCCCGCCUCUAUCGCCCCAGCAGCCUCCUCCUCCUCGCGGAGCCCGCCCCCUGGCUCCCCGCCCAGACGUUGGGUCAGCGGUCGCUUAUUGGCUAGCGUGUGCGUCACUCACCGCCAGUGGCGACCUCCUCGUGGGUCCCGCCUCCCGCUCCUCCUCUUCGUCCCCGCCCCCUGCUCUGUUUUCUCCUGGUUGCCAGUCCUGUGGGCCUGUCGCCUCCACCAACCAGUCCCCGCUCAGGUGUCACUGUUGCUGGCAGGCCGGGGUUAGGGAAGGAGAAUGGGCAGGGGUCGCGGUUGGGAGGAGAGAGGCCCUACUAUGCCACCCUCAGCCCGAUUUGGCCUCCUCCCCGGCACCCCGCACACACACCCCAUACACCCCGGGCCGCUUUGGCAACCGUGCCUCGUCGGCUGGGUCGAGCCGCAGUGUGGGACCGUGUGGUGGUCAUUUAUGUUUCCCACUUGUGCAUCCACACCUUCCGAGGAGGGGCCGCUCUGGAGCGUUGCGGCCCGAAGACUUGGCAGAGCGUGCUGGGAGCUCUAGGACGCUGGAGCAGACUGUCCACCGAGGGGCCCUGAAGCCCAAAGCGGGCCCCACUCUGCACCCGCCCCCGCCGUUGGAAAGAGUGUGAAGGAGAGAAUGGGAGUCGUGGGAGGCUAAAUAGUGGCAGUGGCCAAAGUGCUCCCUUCUGACC